GAUUGUGUUUUGUGUGCCGAUUGUGUGCGCGCGCGAGAGAGAGAGAGAGGAAGAGCGAGAGAGAGAGAGAUGUCGCAUACCAUUUUGCUGGUGCAGCCGGGCGCACGUCCAGAGACGCGCACAUAUUGCGACUAUGAGAGCGUCAACGAGUGCAUGGAGGGCGUCUGCAAGAUCUAUGAGGAGCACCUGAAGCGGCGCAACCCGAACACGCCGACAAUCACCUAUGACAUCAGUCAGCUGUUUGACUUUAUCGAUACACUAAUUGACAUUAGCUGUUUGGUCUAUCAGAAGAGCACAAACACAUAUGCGCCCUACAACAAGGACUGGAUCAAGGAGAAGAUCUAUGUGCUGCUGCGCCAGGCCGCGUUCAGUCCGAAUGCCUAAAUCAAAAUCAGCCCAAACCAAAUACCAACAACAACAACAACACCAACAACAACAACAGCAGCUGCAACAACAAAAUAUCGAAAUAGAGAAGCAAAUCCGCAAAUGAAUCAAGUUGUUUUAAACUUAUUUCUUUGCAUAGAAAAUAGAAAAAACGAAACGAAUAAGAAAAGCCUAAUAAUAAUUAA